AUGCCCGGGAUGCUCACGAGAUCGAAGUCAUUGAGGUUUCUGAAGAACAAUCGCAAUGACCAAGACAAUGGAAGAUCAAUGCAGCCUGCCAAGGGUCCUCAGACAGGCCUUGACAAAUACAUGUCAUCCACACACUUUUCUGGGCCCGAAAUUAACCUGGACUCUACACAUAUGGCAGUGAGGCCGAACACAUCUGGCGGCCCGGGAGAGCGCCUGAUGUCCCCCAAGACACACCAUCCCGCCUUACCAGAUCGUCCUCAGGAUCAUGUUCAUUCUUUCCAAUCACCUACAACUUCCACAACCCUACUCGAUACAGCAGACACCACAGCAGAACGGGGGGUUAUUGGCAUUGCUCUUGGGUCACCAACCUUUGCCUCAAACUGGAAGGCACCACCUCAGACAGCUUCGACUAUGGAUCUUGGAUAUACCGCUUCUCCAAUGGCAAUGCUCACUCACCCAAAUGGUUCCUCGCCUUCCUUGAGUUCCCGUCCAGAUGCUCCCAAAUCCAAACUUAGCCGAUGGAAAUCCAUGUUCCGAAAAACAGCUCCUCCUCCUCCUGAACAAGACAAGUCCUCAUUCUAUCAAGUUGCACAGGCUGCUGCUGCCGCCGCAUCUCCUGUUACAGAACCUGUUGUAUCCGCGCCUAUUCCUAAUUUUGCACCUCGCGCAGACAGCCACCAUGACCAGGAGUCGCUCGAAGCACAGGCACCCUUGAAUGAAGGAAAUGGCCGGGAAAAGCUGCGCACAGUAUCGCCACCUACAUACAAGCCCGACAUCCGGGCAUCACGGAAAUGGUCCGACGAAGAGUUUGUUGUGCCUGAGUCGCCACCAGAAACGUCCGUGACUAGGGGACGCACACUCAAGGUCGGAAAACACUCGUUCCAUCGAGCUCACCACAUGGCGGCACCGCGGAGCGAGCAAAAUAACACCCUUGCGCCACAACCCAGCAAUACACCGGCUGCAGCCCCAAAGAUGGCAUCUUCCGACACAGCAUCACUUCUCGAUUUCAGUCUUCCCGACAUCACCAUGGAGAGAUACAGCGUCAUGUUUGGGAAUCUUCUGGAUUUCGACAUUAACCAGUACAACCCAAGCCAACAGGAUCCAAACCGAUUGUCACUCUUAGCACGGCGGCAGGGCAACAACGAGAAGGUUCAGCCACUGACUGAGCUACCCGCAAAAGAUGGACAGAAUGUUGAAAGCUCUGUUGAGUACAGGCUCCAACGGAGGGGAACCUCGCCAGUUCCAAUCGCUUCUUCGCCGCGAUUGUCGCUAUUCCCCUCUCCAAGCCCGGCUCGCGCACCAUCGCCGAGCGCGAUAUCUCCCAUGAACUGCAGCGAGGUAGAGCUCAAGCGAUCACGAACAGUGCCUGCAAAGUCACCUCUCCACCAGGCCUAUGCGCAGCACAAGGACUCCCCGGGGCUCGACUCCGCAAGGCUCAUGCCCAUGGCAUCCCCUUAUACAAAGGGUUCACUCACGCCCACCUCAUUUCUAAGCAGCGACUCUGAGGCCGAUUCAAUCACUAUUGUGAUGGCCAAGACGGCGCCCGGACACGCCAAACCUCUUACGCUUCAUCUCGACGAUCGAGAACCCGAAUGGACGAUUUGCUCUGUACCACCCAAAGUUGCGGAAAGCGGAACUCGCAUGUUUUCCAGCACACCAACUUCACCACUGAUACGCACUCUUUCGCAAAAUAACCAAAGGAUCACUAAACAUUGUGCUUUGCGAUCGAACCCGUCCUCCCCAGCCGUGGAGGUACCAUCGAUGAUACAGAGACUCCCUAGUGUUUCAACACAGCCGCAACCAGAUAGCCCGCUUGCCAAGAAGCGCGCUGAGAUCCAAGCGAAGAGAGCUGCGGCAGCUGCUGCGAAAAAGGAUGAUGCUACUACAACUACUACGACAAAGGCCACGGUUGGUGUGGCGAGGAGUGUAUCUGUUAGCAGGGCAAACGGCGGUGUUGCGAGGAGCGUAUCUGUCACUCGGGCGACCAGCCCCAGGUCCGUUGCAUCUUCGUCGGCAAUCAGUCCAAUGGACACACGAUCCAUGGAUAGGCUGGCUCUUACACCUACCAUGGUCGAAGUCCGGAGCAGAAAGAGCCAGAGGGUGCAGUUGUCUGAUCCUUAG